UGUGUACAUUCUCUGAGAGUAUUUCCAUUGUAGACUCGGUGUCGCGAGGACGUGCGGACGCCGGUCCUAUACAAUGCAACCGUCGUAACUUCGCAAACUAUAAAUGGAUACGUGUUACAUUAAAAAUAACUAAAUUUAAAUUAAAAUAAUAUAAUAUUCACUAAUUAUAUUAAAAUAUUUGGGUUAAUAUUCGUCGAGUUGUUAACAUUUUCGGGUUUUAAUUUUAAAACGUGAUAUUCGGUUACUGUUAAAAUGGAUGAGGCUUUCGCGCAUAUAGAAAGUGAUGAAAAGAAGUCCAAGAAGGGGCUGGUACCUCCAGACGGAGGCUGGGGAUAUGUGGUCGGAAUAGGAGUCGGAUUCACAUUCAUGUUGGGUUUCGGAUCUUCGAAUGCUUUCGGCAUAUUGUUUCAUAAUUUCUUCUUGGAGCAAGGCAGUGCCAGUGGUCUGCCCUUGGUGAUAGGAGUCUACAAUGGAGCCCUUUCAAUAGCUGGGUUCUUGGGUGGGAUUGCUUUGAAGCGAUAUUCCUUCCGCCAAGUUGGUCUGGUUGGAGCUGGACUCUUCGUGCUUGGCGAUGUUCUCACAAUAUUCGUUCAGAAGACUUAUCAAUUAGUAUUUACAUUUGGAGUAGUUAGAGGGGCAGGUUUCGGUAUGAUGAUACCAGUUAGUUUCACAGCAUUUAACUGUUAUUUCACCAAGAAAAGAACAGCAAUGAUGAGUGCCAACCAAGCAAUGAGCAGUUUGGCGUCUAUAACGUUCCCAAUGCUGGUGACGUUCCUUCUUUCGGAGUAUGGGUUAAGAUGGACCCUCGCUUUAAUCAUGGCUGUGGACCUACAUCUAGUCUUCGCUAUGCUAGUCAUGCAUCCUGUUGAAUGGCAUAUGAUUAAAUCUGACGAAUAUGUUGAAAAAGAAUUAAGUGAUAUAAGCAGUAUUAAAAAAGAAAAUUAUGAUGAGUUCGCGGUAAGGAUGUUGCCAGCUGGUGAAGAUGAGACAGAAGUUAGACCUGUUAAGAAGAGAAAGAAAGAAUCAAUGAAGAUGAACAUAGUAAAAAUUAUAUGUGAAAAUGUUGAGAUGGACUUGUUAAAAGAUCCCAAGUUUGUGAGCACGCUGGUUGGCCUCGGAUUUGCUUUUGUGUCCGACGUAACGUACUUGGCCAUGGAACCAAUGCUCCUAUUCUCAUACGGAUUUUCUAAGAUGCAGGUAGCAACGUGUGUGAUGGUCGGGGCGAUAUCUGAUUUAUUAGCAAGAUUAGUGCUCGCUGUAGUCACUUAUUUCAUUGUUGUCGACAGCCGAUUAAUUUUCUUCAUAGGCACCUGUAUCACUGUUUUUCUUCGUAUUGGUUUAGUAGCCACUAGUUCACUGUGGGUUGUUUUUGGCAUCACUGCAGUUUCUGGGCUGGUGAGAUGUUCAGUCCAGGUGUUGUUCCCGUUGGUUCUAGUCGGUGCAGCACCGGACAGGUUCCCUGCAGCACUAGCUCUGCACAUAUUAUUCUCUGGUACACUCAUGAUGUUAGCUGACCCCAUGAUUGGGGUGCUGUACGAAGCUACUGGCAGCUACGUGUACUGUUUCUUCGCAAUGAGCUUCUGUUGUUUAGUUUGCGUAAUGCUGUGGAGUAUAGAAUACUUAGUAUACCGCCGAGGUAGCACGAAUAGUAAUAGAAGAUAUUAGAAAAAUUCAAUGGACUCAUAGUUUGAAGCUAAGAUUUGUGACUAAUUAAAAAACGUUUUAGUUAAAGACUAAAACAAUGUGAUUGAUCUUACCAGCACCAUGCCUUUUAGUAAGACUGGCUGGGUUUCUUUGUGUGAUGUUCCUUAGUAGAGUAAGUUUAGUUAAUAAGAUAUUGAUAGCGUAUUUCAUAGGUUAAUAGUUACCUUAUUAGAACUUUCACUUCACUUUAUAUCAAUGAUAUGAGCUGCGGACUACCUAGCGGGUUACCGGGGCUCCGGCUCGAAAAGCAGGAGUAGAAACGGGGUGGUUUUUAGUUAGUAAGAGUCUGACACUCACUCCCUCUUGCCUCGUCCAAGGCGGUAGAAGCCCUUGGAUGAUUUUGCCCUUAAAAAAUACAAUGAUGUACAGACCUAAUGUAGAUAAUUGGACUCUAAAAUAGAUGAAAGUUCAAUAUUUUGAUUAUGAACAAGAUUGUUACAAUUUUAUGUGGAAACACAUUUAAAAUUCAUAAGAGAAUAAAGUGAAGUAAAAUUAAAAUUAACCAAAGAUUUGUAUACUUUUAAUGUGACGUGACUUAAUGACUGCCAAUUGCAUUGAUGCAGUAAUUUAUUAGACUUAAAGUAACUGUAAAAUAUUCAUACAUUUAUUAAUGUAAGAGUAUAUGUAUUAUAAAUAUCUUGCUAAUAACAGGAGUGUCAUAAAAACGGAGUUUUUUUGUAAACAAGUAAAUAGUAGUUUCUCUUCUAGCAUUCUUUCCACCUCAAUCCCACUCAUGAUUUUAAAACAGAUGACGUCACGAUUCAUGUUAUUUAAAGCUAUCAGAUUUUUAACGAUUGUAUUAUGUUUAUUUUAUUGUGAUAAAAGUAUUUCAACCCAUUAAAUUAUCACUUUUAUUGUACGACCAAAAUAUCUUAUAAAUUACUGCAUUAACGUCCUUUAUGCAGAAAUAUUGUAUUAUUAAAAAUAUAUUAUAAUUAUUUAAGUUUGAUUUAGGAUUGUUUUAAAACCAUACGUUGAGGCCGUAGCAACGCGUUGCGAUGACUACGUACAAAAAGACACGCGACGUGUCGCAAAAUGUGACGACGCGACGCAAAAAUUAUCGUACGACAUUAACUCAUCAGUUUAGUACGAUUGAUUCAUUUGUACAAUCGGAGUGCCUACUGCGAAUUUGUAUUUCGUUAACGCGAUCGACACGUGUGUGACGUUAUGCGCAAUGAUUGGCUGUUUCAAUAAAACAACCAAUCAGAGGGUUAUACAUACGCGCGAAUGGUUCGCUCGUGUUAACGUAAGGAAUUACUUGCACUGGGGCUCGAACCAUAUUAAUAUAGAGUUGUGUGUCUUGUGCGGUGUCGUAGAUUUCUGCGACGCGUCGCCUCGAGUCGCGGUCGUAACACAAUACAGCGUCGCAUAUGUUGGCGGUAUAUUGAAUGUAAUAUUUCAGUUAUUAAUUAAGUAAUGUGCCAUCUUGUAAAUAUUAAAUAUAACUAUUGAUUUAGUUAUAGGUAUCAAUUUAGACCUUAUAUCAUAAGUAGUAAGAGCGAAUUUGAUAACGAAAAAAAUACCUUUUUGUAUUCUGUUUUUCAAUGAAUUAAAUAUUCGUCAAUGUAUAUCCCGUGGAUUUCAAAAAGUGUAUAUUAAAAUAAAUUACGGUACUUUCUUGUGUUCAUAAUUUCUUAUCAAUAUCAAUCAUUCUAGCUUAAAAUAGUUCGCAAAAUUAUGUUAAUAAUAUUUGCUUUAAAAUGUAAACCAGUUUUUGUAAACAGUUUAUUUACAUGUUGUUUUAUAAAAAAAAAAAAAUGGUUGAGGAACAGCUGUUGUUUAUAUUUAUGUUAAGUGUUAUUUUUACAUACCAAACUUGAAUUAUAAUUAUUCAUUCUUA